GUGGAACACUCCUUCAGCUACCUGGAUAUCCAGGGAAUCAGCAGCAACAAGCCCACUCAGCUGGUGUUGGAGUAUGAGCGCGGACCGUGGAGCCUGCGGCUGAGCUCGGUGGAGGAGGUGGACGAGGUGAUCGCUCACAUCGGCUGCUGUCUGCAUCGCAUCCGCCCCGCCUGCUCACCUGUCAAGGUGAUGAAGAAGCUGAGUCUGAAGCCUCCUGAGAGGACGGCGUCUCUCCAGGCCCUCUGGGAAGAGCAGAGCUCUGCAGACCUGGGGCCCUGCGGCGGUUUUUCUCAUCAGUACUGGUGUGUGUGUGAUUACCUGGGUCUGCCGUACAGAGAGGAGGUCCAAUGGGAUGUGGACACCAUCUAUCUCACUCAGGACACCAAGGAGCUCAACCUGCAGGACUUCAUUCACCUUGAGAACAGGGAUCUGGUGGCGAUCAUCGCAGCUCUGGAGUACAACCAGUGGUUCACUAAAGUCUCCGCCAAAGACUACAAACUGUCGACAGAUAUAUGUGAGCAGAUCUUGAGGGUGGUGGCUCGGUCCAGCCGGCUGGAAGAGCUGGUGCUGGACAACACUGGACUCAGAAGUGAUUUUGCUCAGAAACUGGCCAGCGCUCUGUCCCACAACCCCGCCUCCAUGCUGCAGACACUCAACCUGAGCAACAACUCCCUGGAGGACAAAGGUGUUUCUGCUCUCAGUGCUCAAAUUGCCAAACUGCCCAUGGGCCUGAAGCACCUGAACCUCUCCAGGACCUCCUUGUCUCAUAAAGGUGUGAGCAGCCUCUGUCAGGCUCUCUGUGCCAACCCUGCAGUGUCCGCCGCCCUCACACACCUGGACCUGUCUGGGAACUCGCUCAGAGGAGACGACCUGCAGAACCUGCACAGCUUCCUGAAUAACCCAAACUGCCUGGAGACUCUGGAUCUGUCUAACAGUGACUGCCCUCUGGAUCAGGUGUGUGCGUCUCUGCUCGGAGGCUGCCUGAAGCAUCUCUCUGUGCUCAACAUGUCAAAGUCAGUCUUCUCUCACAGGAAGAUUAAAGAGAUCCCUUCGUCCUUCAAGCAGUUCUUCAGCAGCGCUCUGGCUCUGACCUCAGUCAGUCUGUCAGGAACCAGGCUGCCUCUGGAGGCUCUGAAAGCGUUGUUAUUGGGGCUCGGCUGCAACCCAAACCUUAGCGACGUGUCUCUGGAUCUCAGCUGCUGUGAGCUGCGUUCAGGAGGCUCCCAGAUCCUGGAGGGCUGUGUGGCAGAGAUUCCCAACAUCUCCAGUCUGGAUAUUUCUGACAACGGGCUGGACAUGGACCUGAUCACUCUGCUGGUCUGGCUGGCCAAGAACCGCUCCAUCAGACACCUGUCACUGGGCAAGAACUUCAACAACAUCAAGUCCAAAAAUGUGUCUCAGGUCCUGGACAACCUGGUUCACAUGAUUCAAGAGGAAGAUUCACCGCUGAUCUCUCUGUCCCUGGCUGACUCCCGGCUGAAGACAGACCUCUCCAUCGUCCUCAACGCUCUGGGCAGCAACACCUCUCUGACCAAACUGGACAUCAGCGGGAACGCCAUGGGAGACAUGGGGGCCAAGAUGCUGGCCAAAGCCCUGCAGAUCAACACCAAGCUCAGGACGAUAGUGUGGGACAGGAACAACAUCAGUCCUCAGGGUCUACAGGACGUCGCUGCUGCUCUGGAGAAGAACUACACCAUUCGCUUUAUGCCUAUUCCCAUCAUGGAUGCUGCUCAGGCACUGAAGGCUAGCCCAGAGAAGACGGAGGACGCCUUACUGAAGAUGGAGCAGUACCUGCUGAGGAACCAUGAGACGCGUAAAUACCUCCUGGAGCAGGCGUACAGGCUGCAGCAGGGGAUAGUCACCACCACCACACAACAGAUGAUGGACAUGAUGUGUGUGAAGGUGCAGGACCACCUGAACUCUCUGAGGUUCACAGAGACCAACUCGGUCCAGGAGGACAUGAAGGCGGCAGAGAACUUCAUGAAAGACGCCAGGAACUCCAAGACACUGCUCCCUAACCUGUACCACCUGAGGAGUGGGGGGUCCAGUGGAGUGUGUGUUGGAGCCAUUCAGGACAAACUGGAGUCCAUGGCAGGAGAGGUUUCCCGGGUGAUGGACGAACAGCUGCAGACGAUGCUGGUGUCCAUGGUGGACACUGCAGAGGGUCUGUGUCCUCAUGUGAUGAAGAGGAGCAGCCUUCGCCAGGAGCUCCUGAAGGCCGGAUCAGGGAAGAUGACGGUUCCCCGCAGCUUCAUCAGCACCACGCUGCUGGAGCAGUCCGGGGUCGACAUCAUCAACAAGAUAAGUGAAUUGAAGUUGAGCAUGGCGUCUUUUCUGUCUGAUCGUAUCGUGGAUGAGAUCCUGGAUUCUCUGUCCAGAUCACAGCACACUCUGGGUAACCAUCUGAUCAGGAAGAGUCAGCCACUGCUGCAUCACGAUCCCCCGCUGGAGGCAGAGGUUCUGGAUGAGGUGGUUCUGCAGCCAGCCAAUCACAACCAGGAUCAGAAAUUAAAACAUGAGCGGGAUCACAAACACAGGCUGGAAGACAUGGACACAUGCAUUAUGACUCCUAAAUCCAAGAGGAAGAGUAUUCUGGUCAGGAUGCUGCGCCCCGUCUCUGUGGCAUUUGAGAUGGAAUUUGACCUGGACAAAGCUCUGGAGGAAGUUCCUAUCCAUGUCGAGGACCCCCCUCCACCUCCUCCUCCUUCACAGCCAAUGGACAGAGCGUCGUCCUACUAUGGAGACCUCCCCCCUCCCCCUACUCCACUGGAUACAAAGUCUGUCUGUCUAAGCGAGCUGCCAGCGGUGGAGCACAAGAUGCUGGAGAGUCACACCAAACAACGGCCAAAACCCAAGAAGAGGACCAAACCCAGCCGACCAACUCGGAAAUCCACCAACAGCUCCGCGGCACAAGAUGCAGAGCUAAACAGCAUUAUGGGAAAACUGGAUGAGGGCCUGGAUGACUUCUUCACCAAGAAAGUCAUUAAACUCAGCUUCAAACUUCCCACUGUAAGAGGCCUGUCCUCAAGCCCGCAGGAAUCAGCAGAUAAGAAACGUGAGUCCAGGAAAAGCGGUUUCUUUAACCUCAUCAAAUCCCGGACAUCCCGCUCGGAGAAGAGCACUGGAGCUGCCUCCAUCACUCCCUCCCACCCUGCUUCCACAACUACUGUCUCAACCUCUCACUCUAUUACCCCAGUGCAUGAGGAAACAACACCAACAUCAUCCACUCCUCACACAAAAAUCCCUGCCACUGCGGUGGACUCCCAUCAGGAGCUCCACAGGGAACCAUCCUUGGAACACACAGAUUCUGAGAGGGAGGUUUCUCCGACGGACACUGAACCUAAUGAGGCGUUGAAGACGGAGGAGGAUGUGGAGAAGGAAAAUGUUGAGGAUAACGAGAACCUGGAGAAGAAGGAGAACCCCCAAAUUCCCCGCAAUAUUGGAGUCCCUGUGAUGGGCAUGGGCCUGAUGGCUGAGAUGAAGGCAAGGCAGGAGAGAAUGGCUGUAAAAAAGUCUGAGUCGUCAUCUUUGCUGGACAAGGUGGAAGAAGACAAAGCCAAAUCAGACGUCCAUCCCACUGUGCCAGCAGACGAUGAAGAGUCCAGACCAGAGCCGGCUCCAAGGUCAAAACCACCCAGCGUCACCCCCAAACCCCCUCCUCAGGCUGCCAAACCCCCUCUAGGGUCCCGCAUCUCUGGGCCCCUCAGUCCUAUCAGUCCAACCAGUCCCAGGCCGAGCAGCACCUUCAUCCUCGAUGACUCUGCUGAGGCUUCAUCAGGAACCUCGGCAGCCAAAGGUCCACUUCCUGCUCCUCGCCUGAAGAGGGCGCCGUCAGAGCAGGAGAGAGAGAGCACCAGCAGCAGCUCAGCAGGACCCCUGUCCCCUCUGGAAGAUGUGUUUCCUGGGGAUGGUGAUGCGUUUGAGCCGCUCAGUCCAGCGGGAGAUCACAGCGUUGGUGGCAAACACUGGUCCUCUCUGAAGAGUUCAGCUCCUCCUCAUCUUUUCUCCAGCGAGGACGACCGAGAGAGAACCAAGUCCCUCCCAGCCUUCGGUUCGAAUAAACUCAGUCUUUCCAGCACACAAAUCCUCUUUAAAACUCUGUAUGGUUGUCUAUGAAGCCACAAUCACCACUCUGUAUAUUAACACAUUUCAAUAAAAAAUCAAGGAACUAUUGAGAACCUUUCAUUGGUUUAA